GUGGGCAGUGUUCGAGAGAGGGAGAGAGAGAGGAGGCAGAGCCCUUUAAAAUGGCAAGCAGCGCUAUCCCUAUGACAUGUUUCCCUCUGCGCUCCACGCGUGGUAUAGCCUCCAGACUGCGUGGGCUAGUGUGGGUGCAGUAGACGAGAUUCGUAUAAAACCCCUGAUUCCAGAGUCUCAUAUUACCCGCGUCCGCCUCCCUCUGUGGUUGUUUGUUACUACGACUCCUUCCACCUACUCUGUGCUUUUCUUCAGUAGUAUUUCUUCGGAAAGCUACCGUCACUAAAGAAAUCUGGUCUAUGGUUUUGGCUGAAGAAGAUCCCACGAUGUCUCGGACUGACGAGGUGCACCGUAUAACGGAGAAUGUCUAUAAGUCCAUCAUGGAGCAGUUCAACCCGUGCUUGCGGAACUUUGUGGCCAUGGGGAAGAGCUACGAGAAGGCCCUAUCCAGUGUCACAUUUGCUGCAAAGGGCUACUUCGAGGCACUGGUGAGGAUGGGAGAGAUGGCCAGCGAAAGUCAAGGCUCUAAGGAUCUUGAGGAGGCAGCAUGGGACGUACUCUUUCAGAUGGCUGAGGUCCACAGACAGAUCCAGAUGCAGCUUGAAGAUAUGCUGAAGUCGUUCCACAAUGAGCUUCUGACAGAGCUGGAGAAGAAGGUGGAGCUGGAUGCACGUUACCUGAAUGCGGCUCUGAAGAAGUACCAGAUGGAGCACAAGAGUAAAGGAGAGAGUCUGGAGAAGUGUCAGGAUGAACUGAAGAAGCUCCGCAGGAAGAGCCAUGGCAGCAAGAACACCUCUAAGUACGGAGACAAGGAGAUGCAGUAUGUUGAGACCAUCAGCAGCAAGCAGAGUGACCUGGACCAGUACACAGCAGAGGGCUACAAGAAUGCACUGUCAGAGGAGAGGAGGAGGUACUGUUUCCUGGUGGAUAGACAGUGUGCCGUGGCCAAGAACAACAGCUCCUACCACAGCAAAGGUAAGGACCUUCUAGCCCAAAAGAUCCCAGCAUGGCAGCAGGCGUGUGCUGACCCUACCAAGCUGCCUGACCGUGCCAUGCUCCUGGCUCAGCAGAUGACCUCUGCAGGGGGUACCCUGGGGUCCGGCUCCCACACUCACCACGGCUCCAAGGGUAACCUGCUCAUCUCUGACCCUAUCCCGGGGGCCAAGCCUCUGCCUGUAUCCCCCGAGCUGGCUGCACUAAUGGCCCAACAGCGUCUAAUGGGACCAGGAGGAGUGGACGGAGGGAUGGCCAUAAUGAACGGAACGGCAGGGGCGCAUGGAGGAGCAGGAGGGGGAGGAGGGGAGGACUACCAACACUGGAUGGAGGGGAAGAUGGCCCAAGCCCAGGCUCAGGCCCUACAGGCUCAGGCCCUACAGUCCCAGGUGGCUAAGGCCUCCUCCCAGCACCACUCCCAGCCCCACAGACAGGGCAGCGAGGUCUACUCCAACACCCUACCCGUACGCAAGAACGCCCCCGCCAAGAGCAACACUACCAUGGGUCCAGAGACCCGAACCCUUCCCCGGUCUAGCUCUAUGGCAGCAGGGCUGGAGAGGAAUGGUCGUACCCGUGUCCAGGCCAUUUUCUCCCACGCGGCUGGGGACAACAGCACCCUGCUCAGCUUCUCUGAAGGAGACGUCAUCACCCUGCUGGUGCCUGAGGCCCGCGAUGGAUGGCACUAUGGAGAGAACGAGAAGAACAAGAUGCGGGGCUGGUUCCCUUUCUCUUACACACGUGUCAUCCCCGAGACUGAAAGCGACAAACUACGCGUCAACAAUCUCCACCAUGGUAAGAGCAGCAGCACAGGCAACCUGUUGGAGAGAGAGGACAUGGCAAGUGCAACUCCCCCUGACUACGGUAUGUCAUCUCGCCUGCUGGCACAGAGCGCUGCGAUGGCACACAGCAGACAACAACGCCCAUACAGCAUGGCAGGGCCAGGCUUCUCACAGCAAGGACUUGAAGAGUAUGAGCAACGUUUUUCAACAAGUUCCGAAGGGGGAACAGUUCCGAAAUUGAUUUCAACAGUGUGAGAAGGGACAGACAGAUACACAGACAGACACAGACUCAGUUUGCUGCUGCUGCAAUAGGACUGACUGCCUGCCAGGCACCUCUGCAAUCCCUCAUCAAUAGCCCUCCUCGCCAGUCACUCUCACCCCUUCUCUCCCACCCUCUCUCUAACCCUCACCCCUCCUCUCUCGCACUCUCUCUAACCCUCACCCCUCCUCUCUCACCCUCUCUCUAACCCUCACCCCUCCUCUCUCUAACCCUCACUCCUCCUCUCCCGCCCCCUUUCUAUCCCUCACUCCUCCUCUCUUGCCCUCUCUCUAGCCCUCACCCCUCCUCUCUCACCCUCUCUCUAACCCUCACCCCUCCUCUCCCGCCCUCUCUCUAACCCUCAGCCCUCUUCUCUCGCCCUCUCUCUAAUCCACCACAACACUCCCCUCUCCACCUGAGCUUACCAGUCCAUUCCCCCCCCGUCCCCCCGUCCCCCGUCCCCAUCCUCUCCCUUCCAUCCCACCAAGGGAAAGACUUGUCUCUCCCCCUAUACUCUUCCUCCUCACCCUCCUCACACCCUGCACUUCCACGCUACGCUGCAGUUCCCAGGCCAAGCACUGGUGGAACCAGAACCACAAAGCAGAACCAACUAACCCCACGCUAAAGGACUGACACCAUCCUGAGCCAUCCUUAUUAAAAUCAUUGGAAUGAUGGACUUUGUCUGAGGAGGAAAAUUAGUCAUAUCUUUAGCUUGUCUUUCAUGCAUGUACAUGUCUUUUCUAUUUAAUCAGGAUUUCUUCCUCUGCAAACAUACAAUAAAAUUAAAAAAUGUUUUUAAAUAAAAUCUUCAGUGUUCUCCAGCAGAAUCAAGGUUGAAAGAUGAAGGAUUUAUAUUACCAGUGUAAAUCGAAAUGGUAAUCCAAAGGGGAUUGUUUUACUAAUGUAAAGAUGAUCAUGUAUGAUGAUCAAAAAGUUAAAGUUCAUCUACAGUAUACUGUGUCUUCUUAUGCUUCAGACAGUAACUUUACUUUACAGACUGUGAGGUCCUUCGGGUAACUUCUAAUAUCCCUCUUUAAAUGAGAGGUUAUGUAUCACAUGUAGUGAAAUAACUCAAAUGUAAAUGUUCAUUUUUCAUUUGAACUUAUAAUGAGGGCAGGCGACCAAUGAAAUAGAUGGCAAUGAGUAUGUACUGUACAUAAAUGUACCAUAAAAUAAAAUGGAUGAUUAUUAUGUCUAUUGAUUAAAUCAGUUCAUCAAAUCGCACCUUAAAAACGAAAUGAUUUGUAUUAUCAUGUUAUUAUUACUAUUAUUAGCCACAAGGUAAUAUGUUUUAUGAUGUCUGAGGUCUAGCAGGCAGUGUGAAAGACACGUUGCUCUGAUAUCCAUGUACUACGGGGCCUCUGAGUAUUGUUGUUUUGUCUGAAUAUCAACAUACUGUACUUUAUCAAGGCUGAAUGGGUAAUAAAAACAACCAUCAUCCCUGAAAGAAAGUGAUGCAAGGCUCUGAGUAGGGUUACCGUUCAGGCGUUCAUGCAUGAAAGAAAAGACAACAGAUACCUGUUCUACACCUCUGCCAUCCCACGACAAAGGUACUACAUUUCAUGGGGCCCGAUUCAGACCUUUGCUAAGUAGGACUUAAGUCAAGAAAACAGGGAGUUAAUUCAACAUUGUUUGACUUAAGUCCAUGUUAAGUCAACUUAUCUCAAGUCUGAAUAGGGCCCAUGGUGCGUAAACCAUGUUGCCAAAGCAACACCCUCUCUUCUCAUUCUCUCUCAUCCCCUUCAAUCAGUGCUGCCUGGCUGCCAACUGUUUACAAAUAGCUUUAAUAAUUUACUAGACAGUGUCUCUUGCUGUGCAUACAAUAGGACAAUGAUUUGGGAGCAACAUCAAUAAAUGUUUUCUAUCUAUAAACCAGUCAAUCUAAUCGUGUCCCCUGUGCAAUUACCAUAUGUCACAGAACAAAUAGGUAAUUCUAGUCUGCCCAGUUAUAUACUGUACAGAGACCUUGGAGACAAUGAGUGGGUCAGAUGCCCUUAAAAGAUUCAUAAUUUGCCAACAGCACAACUGCAAAUUAUGGCAAUAACUGAAUUGGAUCGAUAGCCAUUUAGAUCUUCGUAAUAAAUAAGCUUGCAUGUACUGUGUCUCUUGCUAUUUUGACACAUAUUUGCACUACACAUGAAAUGAGAAACCUUUAAAAGGGAGAAGGGUUGAUUCGUUAUUGUAACUUUGUUCAGCCUUCUUGUACUUUAGUCUUUGUAAUAAAAGACUUGAAUAAAGAAAGGAAAUGAAAAAGCAUGACUCUGUAUCUGAGGCAGGAUAAAAUAUGUAUGUCUGUUAUUUCUAUGUGCUGAAUAAAGAACGACGCUAGUCUGUUUGUCGGUAUGUCUGUCAGUACCUGUCGAUAUCAACCCCUGUCCUGUCCAAAUCAGAAAUGAUUGCCGCUAAGUAUUAGGCUAUUUGCUAUCACAACACUAUCUUUGAAUUCCCCUUGAAAUCCUAUUAGAUUGACCCAAUUGUUAUAAUUUGCUAAAGGGAGAAAAAGUGACAUUUACUGCCAAACUGUACUACCCAAAACUCCUUCCCUGCCACAAACAAAAUGUCUCCUUGCUGUGUCUCUCUUGCUCCCUGUCCUUCUCGCUGUUUGUGUGUAAUUCCUGUCUUCCCCUAACUUUGCCAACCCCCUUCUCUGUCUAUCUGUGUUUUGAUAAAUGUAGAGACAAAAGCGCUCUCAAACGAGUUACUACGACCGGAAGCUGCCAAUGUUUCUUCUUUCUCCACUAGAAUAAGGCUAAGGUAUGAGUGAUCAGACUGCAACAUCUGAAGAGAUGGCACACCCACUCUCAGUGGAAAAAAAAAUAAUACAAUAUAGUAUUCUUCUAUUAUUUCUGAGUCCGUUUUUUGGAACAAUGCAUUUUUUUGUUGUGAAGAUGAAUUGGAAUAAUGUACAGAGAAUGAUUGAUAUUGAUGUGCAUGCUUUGGGGGACACCAAAAUAGUGUAAUGUUGAAAAAUGACCUCUAAUGUAUGGUGACUUUCUACUAUAAAAAUAAGCUUAAUAAAUAUCAUUUCAGUUGA